AUGGCCAAUGUACAGUAUGCAGUUCUGCUCCUGAUUUUGAUAAUGGCAGUGCUGGCAUGUAAUGGGACGCCAGAGAGAACCAGGUGUACUUCACAGUCACCAUGUUUUGACCUACUAAUUUUCGAGAGAAUGGCGCAGCGUGUCAGCAAUUAUGUGGCAGGGGCAGAAAGUGAGAACAUUUUAUUAAAGAGCAAAACUUUUGAUAAAAUUCGUCAAAAGAAGUACCUCCACAGUUGUGUCCUACAAAAAAUUUUGGAUUUCUAUGAGAAUGUCCUACUAAGUGACCAAUAUAUUCAAAACUAUGAUCUUGAUCUCAUUUCCACCUUGGACAUAGUGAGAAACUGCACUUAUAAAGUCAAGAGAUGUGGGCUGUUGUAUCAAAUGGCUAACAAGCGACCAGAUUUAGAGAUCGCCGAAGAGGAGAUGAGUGCACAAGAGGUGGCCAUCUUUCAGCUGCAAAAACUUAACUAUGCCAGUGAAAAAAUUAUUCACCCUCAUUGUCUCUCCCCCCCAACCACAAACACAGUUAAAUGAAACAACGAUCCUAAAGACAGCUAUGGAUGAACUAAAGGCUCUUCAUCACUACCUCCCUGGAAGUGGCUUCCGAAAAGCAAAUGAUUAAAAAUUGACUCCAUAACUAGACAUAGCAUGCUUCUAUAUUGGAAAGAAUGUUUUUAAUAUAUGUAAUACAAAGUUCUAUUAAUAUAAUAAACAAAAAAAAGGUUUUAAAAUGUGCCUUUACAUAUAUUUAUCUCUACUUAAGUACAA